CCGAAAAUUCUGUCACAUUUUUCAUUCAACAUACAUCGUACUUAUACCGUAGUUUUUUAUAUUUCGGAUCGAAAAACCCCUCAGUUGAUGAGAUGCACCACUUAAAAAAAAUUCGUAAUAGCUCAAAAGUAUUUGACAACUCCUACCUCACCGGAUCACAAUUCAGUGGCAAUUGCGAUGAACUGGGCAUGCAGAAGCAUGGGACGUAUGUCUACCCCGACGGCACUCGCUACUCGGGGCACUUUCUCAACAAUCGAUUCCAUGGAAAGGGCACCAUCCAGAUGUCCGAUCCCGACGGCAUCACCUUUUCCGUAGUUCAUGAUAAUGGUAAGCUCAAGAAGAUUGAGAAGAUGAACUUCAACGACUGCCUGCCGGUGGAAUUCGACAUGAAGGGUCGACACAUAAGCUUUAAGCGGUGGAACUACUGCACAGCUAGCGAUCGUCGGUUUUACAAGGAAACGCUGGAACCCUUAGAGGGGGUGGGACCCAACAAGUUCGUAAACAAGAACGGACCCCAUGCCGUUACCCUACCGCGCAACGUCUUCGAUCUGGGCUUUGGUCUGCUGACCCAUCACGGCUUCGUUCUGGACACCAAGGACUUCGGCCAUCACAUUUUAUAUGGAGGAUCCGCCUCUCAGGAUAAGAGCUACUAUCUGGGAUGUCGCAAGGUCCGCCGCUGGAUUCGGGAAAACUGUGCUCACGGACAGCUGUGGAACCGCCACCUCAAGCAGAAGAUCAUCUCGCACUACACCCGCGUCAUCAUAAAGAACAAUAUUGAGAACUCUGGCUGCUCCAAGCUAAACUACAUGCCCACAGCUAAGAUGUGCCGGCGAUCGAACAGUGCCGACAGCCUGGUAUCCGACAACGCCAAGAUGGCACGCCUGCAUGUGGCCACCGACUCGAUUAGCUGCUCCUCCGAGGUCCACCCCAUGAAGGAGACCCGGGAAGAUUGUGGCUGCAUCAAGAACCGUGAGAGACCGCAAAAGAUAGGAGAGCCCUGGAGGAGAUCUAGGAGCGAGAGUAAUGUGUGUCGCAUUAACUGAAGAUGUCUUGAGAGUUUCCAUUCUUUGGAUUCGAUUUCUUUACAAAUUAUUGUAUAAUUGCAGACAUAGUCCUUAUAGUUGUAAUGAAGUCCUCAGAUAAGUACUGCA